AUGUUAAUUCAAGAAACAAAAUUAAAGGAGGUCUCGGAAUCUUUUGUUCAUUGCAUGUGGGGUAAUAAGGAGUUUGACUUUUCUUACAAGGGAGCCGAAGGAUUAUCGGGAGGUAUGUUGACGAUUUGGAAUAGCAAGACGGUUACAGCCCUUUUCUUAUUCCGUGGCAAAGGUUUCAUUGGUCACAAAUUUUCAUGGAAAGGAGGUAAUUAUUACAUUGUUAAUAUUUAUUCUUCUUGUUCUUUAUGUGAUAAUAGGGAGUUGUGGUCGGGUUUAUUGUCUUUGAAACACUCUUUCUUAGAUGGUGAGUGGAUUAUUGGUGGAGAUUUUAAUGCGGUGAAAAGUAGGAGUGAGCGGGUGGGUAGAUUCGGUAGGAGUAGUGUUGAAUGGAGGGAGUUUUCUAAUUUCAUUGAAGAGAGUGGUUUGGUGGACGUGUCUUGUAAAGGGAAGAGGUUUAGUUGGUUUUGUGGAGAUGGUAAAUCUAAGAGUAGACUUGAUAGAUUUCUUGUGGAGGAUUCUUUGGUGUCGUCUUGGGGAGUGGUGGGGCAAAUGAUUGGCCUUAGGGAUAUAUCGGAUCAUUGCCCGGUUUGGUUGAUGUCGGAUAAGGAGGAUUGGGGGCCGAAACCGUUUAGAUUUAAUAACGAAUGGUUUGCGGAUGAUAAUUUCAUUACUUUUGUUGAAAAGGAGUGGAGGGGUUUGGAGGUGGCGGGAAGAGGGGAUUUUGUCCUUAAAGAGAAGUUUUGUCCUUAA